AUGCAUUCUCAAACUUGCUUCGUUCUUUUGGCCACGUUACUUGCGUCGGUCGCAGGAGAUUAUAUUGCUAAUGACGUUGUAUCAAACUACGCAGAAGUCAAAGAAAUUCUAAGAGCAUUCUACAAAAAGCAUGCAAAAAAAUAUGGACACGAUUAUGACCCAAAUGCCGUCAAAGCCAUUGCCGAUAACCUUGACAAGUCUAUAAAAACUGACAAAACUGAAGCUACAGUAAACCGAAAAUUGUGGAACGAAGUGUUCGAAAACGAUAUUAUCUUGACUCUUCCACAAGCCGAAUCACUAUUAAAGGAAGCAAAUUCAAGUCCAAGAUCCAGACGCCAAGCUCAUCCAGACGUGCGUAACUUUUGGCCGAAUUUGACCAUCUCGUACGAAUUCUAUGGAGGAGAAGAAUCAUGGAGACAGCUUAUCCGCAAUGCAAUUAGACAUGUUGAACAGAAUGUAUGCUUCCGUUUCAAAGAAAAUGGACCGGACAGAGACGGUUUGCGAUAUUAUCGAGGAAACGGAUGUUGGUCAAACGUUGGAAGAGUUGGAGGUCGUCAAUCUAUUUCUAUCGGUUACGGUUGUGACAGUUUGGGUAUCGUUUCCCAUGAAACCCUACAUGCAUUGGGCUUAUGGCACGAACAGUCUCGCGUUGAUCGCGACGAUUACAUUGCGAUUGUUUCUCAAUACAUCACUCGAGGGACAGAGGGAAAUUUUGCGAAGAGAACACCGGCUACAAGUGACAAUUUGGGACAACCGUACGAUUUGGGAUCAGUGAUGCAUUAUGGAGCUAAAUCGUUCUCGUAUGACUGGACCAGCGAUACAAUUUUAACGAGAGAUAGAAGAUAUCAAAACACGAUUGGUCAGCGUGAUGGACUUUCUUUCAAGGAUGCCAAAAUGAUCAACAUUCGCUACUGCUCUCACAUUUGUCGUCAGGUUCUUCCAUGCGUUAACGAAGGAUAUACAGAUCCAAACAAUUGUAAUCAAUGCAGAUGUCCAAGUGGUUACGGUGGCACUUAUUGUGAGAAGGUUCAGCAAACUGGGUGCGGUGGAACUUAUACAGCACGAUCGGAAUACCAAACGAUUUUGAGCGGUGAAGUGUACGCCAAUGCGAAUUGUGUCUGGAGAUUAAGAAAUCCGGGAGGUCAAAUCGAUAUCAUUAUGGACACGUUGAACUUCCAAUGUACUGAUCCAUGCACAAGUUAUGUAGAAAUCAAAUGGCUCAAGCAAAAAACUUCAACUGGAGCACGAUUUUGUUGCAGUAAACCAGCCAUUAUAAGAUCGGAGGGUGAGGAGGUCAUUAUCAUCUUCCGCGGUUCAAGCAACCCUGGAAAGGGGUGGAAAGGAUUUUCUUUAAGAUAUCAAGCAGUCGGCGGAACUACAACAACUUCUGCACCAACAACGACAAGACCUUAUUGGACUUUAACGGCAAGUGGAUGGGUUCAUAUACCAAAUGACAUCGUUAGGUAUACACCUACCGGUGAGGUGUACACAUCAGCUGAAGACACAAAUUUGAUCGAGCUGGCGUCGCCGAUAUCGGAGCACGUUUCAAUGACGCAUGAUUCGAGCACUCCUCACAUUCCCGAUUCUUCAAACACUGCCAACACAUCUGACACAUCACUUUCGCAAGCUUCUACUAAUCGUCCCAUCGUGACGACAACAACUGUCAGUCCAUACUAUAAAACUGGAAGUUGGGGACUUUGGGGAGAAUGGUCAGUUUGCUCGCAACCAUGCGGUGGAUGCGGAAAACGAACACGUGUACGUGCAUGCUAUGGAGGAAAUGAGCAGUGCCACGGAUCAAACCUAGAGGAUGGGGCAUGCAACACUCAAGCCUGCGCGAAACCUAAGAAAGGAAUGAUUUGCAACGGAAGACUUCUCAUGCCAUGUGAUUUGAUCCCAAAACUUAAAUUCGGUUCUAACAACUUUUUGAAUCCCAAACUCAAGAGUUCCGGAUACGCGAGAUCAAGCUCUCUUCCACUUCCACGAAUCGCCCAACGAAAACCACCAACAAUUCAAGCUCGUGAAGUACACCCUCCCACCCGCCAAAUUCUGCAUUCAACAAUUCAAAGAGUCAAGAGGCAAUCUACAACAAGAUUCUGCGAGAAGCGGUUCUUCUAUCAGUGUCCAACAGCCCUACUAACUGUCAACAUUGAAUACAAGGAUCCACAGUCGGGUCAAAACGACGCUUAUUUCCAACAGUAUCCGGAGUGCUGUGCAGGAUACGCACCAUACAACGGCGUUUGUUACAAGAGCUAA